UGAAACCACCAUGAGCACGGAAAAGCCUCCCGAAUUACGCGCUAUUGACAAACAACCUCCCAGCGAUGCUAUUCCGACACCGCUUGCUGACCCGACGCCUCCAUUGCGUGACCGGAAGGCUCUGAGACAGAGGCUCGUCGUUGCGACGGUGCUGUUCUGCACUUUCGUGUACUACAUCUGCAGCUCGGCUCGCGAGGUCGCCAAGGGACUUGAUAGUCAGCAGGGAUAUUGGCUCACGCAGGCAUUCAGCGUCGGGCGUCCUCAGUACAGGCUCAAUGACAACAAGGUGCCAUUCGGCAAGCUUGCAGAGCAAGAGUUCCUGACCGUUCCGAACCCCGCGAGUGCCCUCGCCGCCUCCCGCCAGUACGCAACCACUCCCCACCUCGCCGGCUCCGAAGGCGACUACAAGACCUCCAUAGACUUUCUGGCCCUCCUCCAGCGCGAGCUCAACAUACCCGUUCCUGGCGCGGAGCCCGUCUUCUCCGCAGGGUCGGCCGAGUCUCGCAACGCGACCCUCAGCAUCGCUUCUCAAGAUGCGCCGACGGCAUGGAUCGAUGUGUAUUACCCGGUCAUGAACACUCCUCUCGAUCGCAGCCUGCAGAUCUUGGGUGAGGAUGGGCUAGAGGAGGUCGCGGACGAAUCUGAUCCCGAGGCGGGGAAGUAUGCGGAUGCGGUGCCUACGUUUCAUGGACUGAGUCGUGGAGGCGAAGCGGAGGGUAGACUGGUGUAUGCGCACUACGGGAGGAAGCAGGACUACGACGAGCUCGAGGCGAAGGGUGUCGAUUUGAACGGCGCAGUCGUGAUCACGAGGUAUGGUGGCAUCUUCCGUGGUCUGAAGGUCAAGGGCGCACAGGAGCGCGGUGCUGUUGCUUGCCUCAUCUACUCGGAUCCUCGCGAUGAUGGGACUGUUACAGUUGAGAACGGCUACGAAGCUUACCCUGACGGUCCUGCCCGCAACCCUACCUCAGUCCAGCGAGGAAGUACCCAAUUCCUCUCCAUUUACCCAGGCGAUCCGACGACUCCCGGCUACCCAGCCUACGAGAACAGCACGCGCACGGAAGGGACGAACAUCCCGUCCAUCCCGAGUCUGCCCAUCUCCUGGUCAAAUGCCCAAGUACUUCUGCAGGAGAUUGAAGAAGGUGGGCAGAACCGGACUAUCAAUUGGGUCAUUCCGAUUUGGAACACGAUGGGCGUUAUCCCUGGCCACAUAAAGGACGAGGUAGUCGUUGUUGGCAAUCAUCGUGAUGGUAAGUUCCCAGGACUGAGGGUCAUGGGUGCAACCGACCCGUCUUCAGGAACUGCGUCCGCUCACGAGGUUAUCCGUGGGCUGGGCGCACUGCUCAAAUUAGGAUGGAAGCCUAUCAGGACUAUCGUCAUCGCGAGCUGGGAUGCUGAAGAGUACGGUCUCAUUGGGAGCACCGAGUGGGGCGAGGACUUCGAGGACUGGAUCAACGACCAUGUCGUCAGCUAUCUCAACCUCGACUCUUCCGUUUCCGGUUCGCGCUUCUCUGCCUCCGGCUCGCCCUCGCUCGCGCAUUUCCUCCGCUCUGCCGCGGAGGAGAUCGCGCACCCGACCAAGCCCGGGCUGACGCUCUGGGACGCGCGCAACGACCAAGGGCCGCUGUUCGGGCGGACGGGCGACCACUUUGACGCCGAGGCAAUGGAAAAUAUUGAAGAUGAGUUGGCACAGAUGGCUGUGGACGAGCUGGGUGUAGGUGUGCUUGGCUCCGGGAGCGACUAUACGGUGUUCUUGCAGCGGAUCGGGGUUGCGAGCACGAACAAUGGGUUUAGCUCGACGAGGUCUGACCCUGUGUAUCAUUAUCACUCCGUCUUCGACUCCGAGCGGUGGCAGGAGCUGUAUGCUGAUCCGGGCUUCUUGCGACACGUUGCGGUGGCCAAGUUCUUGGGUUUGCAGACCCUCCGUCUCGCCGAUGCCGUCGUGCUCCCGAUCAACACAACUCAUUAUACCGUACAGCUUGACAAAUAUUUGGACAGUGUUGAGCAGCUUGCGGAACGCUCGUCCCUUGACGUAGAUUUCUCUUCCCUCCGAGCCUCGAUCGACUCGCUCCAUGAAGCCAGUGCGGCACUUGACGAGGAGAAGACCGAGGCGGAGCGCGAGCUCAUCCGCCUCGCGAGGCGUAUCGCUUUACGCAAGGCGAUUAGGGACCGCCUGCGUAAUGCGUGGUGCAAGAUCCGCGAGCUGUUACACAAGCCUUGCGAGGAGGACCUGCACGAAGUGUCAAAGCACAAGGUAGACAAACCCAGGUAUGCGAAAGAUACCGCGGAACAUAAGCCACUGCCCCGCCCUGUGACACCGGACGACGAAGCCGCGUCUCGGGCUGCACCAGCACGCCUGCGCGAGGAGCGCGAGCGGAGGAAGCGCGGCCUGGAACACGGUGCCCAUAGCUGCCACGCCAACACGUCCCUUGACGGCGUAGAUAGACACUUGCGCGAGAAGUUCAUCCAAGCGGCGAAGCGCGUCCAUACGGUGAACAAGAAGCUCGUCGGGUUCGAGCGAGGGUUCAUCCACCCAGACGGUAUUAAGGACCGCGAGUGGUACCGCCAUCUCGGCGUUGCACCUGGGAAGUGGCUCGGAUACGGGGCUACUACUUUGCCCGGUCUCACGGAGGCGAUCACGUUCGAGAACAAUGCGACGUUGGUGAAGUACGAAGCGGACAGGCUGAAGGUGUUGAUUGACCAGCUCGCCGCUGAGAUCUACCCUUGAGUUAUGUGUUGGGCGUUGCUUGAAUAAGGAGGUGUCUAUGUAUGUGUAUCUUCAAUUGUACAUGUGUCCUAGGGAGUGUCAUGCAAGCUAACGUAGCUUCUAUUACAGUCUAUUUGGCAGUUUACGAUCUUUGCCACCGGACUCGCCUAUGAAUCACUCUGAGCACCUCAAUUCGCCGUCACGAAUUGCUUUGCGGUGUAAGGAGCUUUGUUGCCACUUGGGUGGUCGGGGGUAACGCAUACGCCCAAUGAAGCUGAUUGGGCACACCGAACCUAUAUGAAGAGAAGGUUGAACGUUGAUGUUGAUCUCGAUCGAUCACGUCGUGGGCGCUGGUUUGACUAUGGUUCCAUGCGCCAUCCCUCGAUAUUCACCGGGGGAGGUGUCUAUGAGCGGUUCUGGAUCAAUCACCGGGACAUUCAGUGACCAUUUGGCUGUAGCAUCGGCACUUACCUGCAUAAUAUGCUAUCCUUCCGUUUUGUGC